GGAGAGUACCGAGGUGUUUAUGUUCGUGCAGCUGCACUUUACGCUGAACGUUAUCCAAAUAGGCGACAUCCAACUUACCAUAUCUAACCAAUAGAGCUCGAGAAGGACGAUUACAUCAUGAACGUCGUCAGCAUGAGUAUGGAGAAAAUGACAAUCGUGUUUUAACAGUUCUCGCAGUCGUUCACCUUCAUCCUCACAUUAGUUCUCGAGAAAUUGAAAGACAACAUGGAAUACCAAAAUCAACAGUUCUUUGGAUCCUCAAAGCCUAAAGAUGAAGCAACUUUUAAAAAUACUGGGGAACUAAACAGACAUAACUGUCAUUACUGGUCAGAUGUGAAUCCACUUUGGCACAGAACAGUUGAUAAUCAACAUUGUUGGAGUUUAAACGUUUGGUGUGGGAUUGUAAAUGGAUAUGUAAUUGGUCCUUAUUUUUUUAACGGUAAUGUCAACCAACACAAUUUUUUGGAAUUUUUCAGAGACCAUUUACCUGGCUUGCUUGAAGAUGUCGAUUUAGAGACCAGGCAAAGAAUGUAGGUGCAAUUGGAUGGUGCACCACCACAUUUUGCACGGAUUGUAAGAACCUUUCUUAACAAACAGUGAGAGGCAAGGGGAACUCACUGUAAUAAAGCACCCCAAAGGAAACAUAAUCCUAUUACGUCCAUGUCAUUGUUUCUGGGUAAAGCUAAAAAUAGGAAGUAAAAAGCUUUGAGAAAGUCAUAGG